AUGAGGAAUUCAGUCGUUUGGGCAGCGCUGUUGGCAACGUCGGCCUUGGGCCUGGCGACAACAAGUUGCGCGGAGACUGAUAAUAUCAUCCCACCUGUUCCUGCAAUAACGAAGGGUCCAGAACCAGUGGGGGCAGCAUUGACCGUCACGAUCACUGUUGGAGUCACUCUCUGGCUUGGUGACGGAGAGACUUGUACACCAGAAGCGGCUGACACCGUCACUCAAACUGUUACCGACACCAAAACAAGCACGGUCAAUGCCUCUCCAAGUCCAGCAGUCACCGUGACUGUCACGAAUGUCAGCACUCAGACUGUGAGCGGCUCUGCAAGUGCCAUUGCAACCACUGUCACCGAGACAGUGACGGCCUCGGGGAGUGGCAUAACGCACACCGUCACAGCUUCUGGGACGAAGGUCACGGAGAUUUCCACAAGCACUGUGACAAUUGGACCGUCAACGUGCACGGGGGGCUCGACAGUCACGGUCAGUGAUGGUCAAGCAACCGUUACAGAGACAUCGACUGUGCCGACGACUCUGAGCGGUUCGACUGUCACUCUACCUUGCACGACCGAGACGGAAACUAUUUCGCCUACUCCGAUUGAGACGGCUACAGACACUGUGACCGUUCCUGUGACCGUUCCUGGAACCACAGUCACGGAAAUAUCAACUGCAACAGCUAGUGUGUCAGUGACUCUUCCAGGCACCACUGAAGUGACGACUGUUUCGGAGCCUGGAUCUGUGACCACAGUCACAGAUGUGUCGACAGCUACAGCCACCUUGCCAGGCACUACUGUCCCAGGCACGACAGAAGUAACAACUGUUUCGGAGCCUGGAUCUGUGACCACAGUUACAGAUGUGUCGACAGAGACGGCCACCUUGCCUGGCACCACUCUCCCAGGCACCACCGAAGUGACGACUGUUUCGGAGCCUGGAUCUGUGACCACAGUAACAGAUGUCUCGACAGCAACAGCCACCUUGCCAGGCACUACUCUGCCAGGCACCACUGAAGUAACGACUGUUCCAGAACCUGGAACUGUGACUACCCUUCCAGGUACCACUGUUGUGACCACUCUUCCAGAGAAUACCGUGACCGAUGUUUCCACUGCCACGGUCAGUGCUCCUGGGACUACUCUUCCGGGUACUACUGUCGUCACAACCAUCCCAGGAGAAAUUACUACUCUACCCGGAACAACGCCGCCGGGCACAAGCGUGGUGACAAGUGUCUCUGUUUCCGAAUCUGUGGUGACCAUACCUGGAACAACCGUCAUUAUCCCAGGAACUACACUUCCCGGAACCACUGUUGUUACAACUAUUCCUGGAUCUGGCGCUAUCACCACGAUCACUCUUCCGGCCUCCACGCUUCCUGGUACCACUGUGGUGUCUACCCUUCCAGGGUCGACUGUUACUCUUCCAGGAACAACACUUCCGGGAAGUACUAUCGUGACAACAAGGACUGUGUCUAUUCCCGGGUCUGUGACUACUGUGCCAGCAUCAACAAUCACAAGUGUCAUUACCGUGUCUGCCACCACACUCACCCUGCCGGACACCACAAGCACUAUACCAGCCUCAACUAUCACCACAGUGAUCACUGAGCCAGGUAGCACGGUGAUGGUCGGUGGAUCAAGCACAGUGGUUGAAACCAUCACAAUUCCAGGAUCCGAAACGACCGAAACAGUCGACACAACGAGCACUGCCAUAGUGACUGACAGUCCCAGUGGCACGACUAUAACUUCUGUUUCUGUGUGUUCCUCUCUUAUCACCAACCCAACAUAUACUCCAGCAACCGCUUUGCCGAAUGACUACACGUGGGGUUGUCCUCCAGGAUAUCUUUGCAAGCCUGCUCACACAGGCGAUCGCGCAAACUGUAACGUCGAAGCCGGUCUUCCUGAUGUUGGAUAUGUCUGUUCACCCUCAGACUGCAUUCCUUCCCCGCCGCUCGCGUUCAGCAAUAUUAGCGGUUACAACGUCUCCAAGAACUACUACAACUUGAACCCAACAGACUUCGGGUUGAACUACUCGAUCUUCCAGUUCCCAGAAGACUUGGCCGGAUCUCCUCAAAAGCGUGGCAUGUCUCUUCGGGACUUCAUCGCAGGACGCAAGGCCAAGCGAGUGGACAUCACGAACAUCCCUCCCAUUUGCUGGGAUGAUUGUGAACAUGCAGGAGUGGAGCCACAGAUGUUGGGCAAGACAUCAGAUCUAUGCAAGAGCGAUUCCGCGUUCAUGAAAAAUCUCGAUAAUUGUGAAGCAUGUGUCACAACCAACAGCGACUCUGACUCUGGAUCGGGUGAUUUCUCCUCCAAAUUGUUGCCGACCUUUACGCAGUGGUUGAACUUCUGUUCUGAUAUGACCACUUCUACAAGUACCACUACGAGCAAGACUUCUACUAGCACGGAGACUCGGGCCACUACAACGAGUACUUCCAAAGACACUGAAACCACGACGACUAGCAGUGAAGUGCCAGCAAGAGCUACAGUCACAAGUAGCCAGGCGACCAGCACUGCCGAAGCGAGUGCAACCACGGAGACUGAAACUGAGUCUUCCACUUCCACUUCUACUUCCACUUCCGCUGACGCCGAAUCCACCGAUAAGGCCGAAACAACUAGUUCAAGUGAAGAGUCUUCGGAAUCGACGGAGACCGCCUCCUCCAGUGGCUCGUCUACGACUUCGGUCCCUGGCUUGAUUGUGACAACAUCAGUCUCAGGGUCUCUUAUUACAACCACCCUACCAGGCUCAGUUGCAACUAGUCUCGAUUCAUCAGCCUCUGACUCGCCCGUAACAACAUCCGUGUCGGGAUCUCUUGUGACUACUUCAGUGUCUGGUUCUCUCUUGACGACUUCCAUAUCAGGAACACUUGUGACCACCUCGGUGUCCGGGUCCUUUGUCACCACCUCUAUACCUGGCUCGGUCACUACUAGUCAUGGAGCCUCUGGUGCAGGGCAGGACGGAAGUUCCUCUUCUGCGGCACCCGGUGAUGAUUCCAAUGGUUCAUCGGGCUCAUCGGGCUCACUGAAUGGAAGCCGCACUGGGUCAGCGACACCUUCAUCUUCUUCCCCGGCCUUCAACAUGGCUGUUUCUAUGAAUGCUCCUCGAUUAGGUGCUUUGUCUUUGUGUUGGGCUGCCGUUGCUGCUCUUUUCUAG